ACCCUGAGGCUUCGCUGCAGCAACUCCACCAUAACCAGUGGCAAAACUGGCCCGACCUCUCGGUGCCUUCUCGAAAGAGGUCAGUGCUUCUCGUAGAAGUGAUUUUGCCUCUUCCAGGAGGUGAAGGCUAAACGUCAGCUCUGAUGAACGAGCGACUUUCUAUGGAGGUGGAGGGAAACUCCCGUGCACGCUCCACCCCACGCACCGACGUCACUUCCAUUAUGGGGCUGAGUAACAUUUUUCCAAGAAGUCAGAGACUGUUGAAGCAGAAUCUGUCAUCCGCGUGGGAAUUGCAACCAGAACAAACUUCUUACUCUCUAAUGAUUGUUGAAGACCAAAUCACCUCCUGUUUUUUUUAACCGAGAGCUGGAGAAAGCAAGAGGCGUGAGGAGCGUGGGAGGAGAUCCCUCUUAGGUUGACUGGUUGCCAUCAGCACUUAGAAUCCUGGGAUUGUUUGGCUUGGUAGGGACCUUAAAUCUCAUCCAGUUCCACCCUGCCUAUGGUAUGGACACUUCCCACUGGAUCAGGAGGCUCAAAGCCUCAUCCAACCUCAUCUCGAAGCACUUGCUUUCUCCAUCCUGCCUCCUGAUGCUGGAGGUGCCGUUGGCCCCGUGCAUGGUCCUGGGAAGGUGUGGUAGAGCAGGGAGCGCCACAGAGCGCUCAAGAAGUACAAAAUGGUACAUCAGGAUGUCUGCAUGGCAAGAAGCAGCUUUGCUGAGGUCUCCAUAAGGGUCUUCACCCAAAUGCAGCCCUGGUGCUUGCUGAAGAGCGAUGCCCUGCACAGCCAAGGAGGCAGCGUCCGGGUUGGGUGCUCAGUAGGUGUUUUGCUGUGGUCUGGCUGUCGGCACUCCUGGAAUCCAGCCCUUCAGGAAGGUGACUCCGUGUCCCAGCUCUGGGAAACGCAGCAGCGGAGCAUGGCGUAUCUUCCAGAUAUAGACCUGGAGACCAUGGCUGCGAGCACAUCGCUGCCCGACCCAGCCGGCGAGUUCGACAGGAACGCGCCCCGCAUCUGCGGCGUCUGCGGGGACAGAGCCACCGGCUUUCACUUCAACGCAAUGACCUGCGAAGGGUGCAAGGGCUUCUUCAGGAGAAGCAUGAAGAGGAAAGCCAUGUUCACCUGUCCCUUCAACGGCGACUGCAAAAUCACCAAGGACAACCGGCGGCACUGCCAGGCGUGUCGGCUGAAGCGCUGCGUGGACAUUGGCAUGAUGAAAGAGUUCAUCCUGACGGACGAGGAGGUCCAGAGGAAGCGUGAGAUGAUCUUGAAGCGCAAGGAGGAGGAAGCGCUCAAGGAGAGCCUGAAGCCCAAACUCUCAGAGGAGCAGCAGAAAGUCAUCGACAUCCUCCUCGAGGCUCAUCGCAAAACCUACGACCCAACGUAUGCCGACUUCACCAAGUUUCGGCCCCCUGUGAGGAGCAAGCCCAGCAACAGGGUGGCAGCCAGGUCCUCCUCCAUCCUCACCCAGGACUUGUCCUCAGAUGACUCCACUGAUCUCUUCAGCUCUGAUUCCUUCAGUGCAUUUCCAGAGCCUGUAGAGCCCCCGAUGUUUUCGAACCUGGUCCUCUCCGAGGAGAACGAUGAGAGCUCCUCCAUGAACAUCAACAUGUCCCAAUUCUCCAUGCUCCCACACUUGGCUGACCUGGUUAGCUACAGCAUCCAGAAGGUGAUCGGCUUUGCCAAAAUGAUCCCAGGAUUCAGGGACCUGGCAGCAGAGGACCAGAUCGCCCUGCUGAAAUCCAGUGCCAUCGAGGUGAUCAUGUUGCGCUCGAACCAGUCCUUCACUCUCGAGGACAUGACAUGGAGCUGCGGCAGCAACGACUUCAAGUAUAGGAUCAGUGAUGUCACCCAAGCCGGGCACAGCAUGGAGCUGAUGGAACCGCUCGUGAAAUUCCAGGUUGGCUUAAAGAAGCUGAACCUUCAUGAAGAAGAGCAUGUGCUCCUCAUGGCCAUCUGCAUCCUGUCCCCAGAUCGCCCAGGCGUGCAGGACACCUCGCUGGUGGAAUCCCUCCAGGAUCGCCUCUCGGAGGUCCUCCAGACCUACAUCCGCUGCAGGCACCCUCCUCCCGGCAGCCGCCUACUCUACGCCAAGAUGAUCCAGAAGUUGGCCGACCUCCGGAGCCUCAACGAGGAGCACUCCAAGCAGUACCACUGCCUCUCCAUCCAGCCUGAGCACAGCAUGCAGCUCACGCCGCUGGUGCUCGAGGUCUUCGGCAACGAGAUCUCCUGACUUCCAACCACGAGGAUGAGCAACCACCGGGAAAGGGAUAAGUCAGCCUGCCUUCCUGAGCGGAGAGACGUGACCUCGGGCAGAAGUUCUGUCCAAGGGGUGGUUUGGUUUCACACUACGGGACCUCCUCCUGCAUCUUCUCCUCCCCGGCAGACGAGGUUUGCAGGAUCAGACCCAAAUCUGUGGGGUUUCUCCCCAUUCCGGGAGCAGCUUUGCCACUUCCCUGCCAUCCGUGAGAGCUGAUUUAUCCCUUUCCGGAUGUUUUGAGGCUGGGCUACCUCAAAUCCCUUCAUUCUUGCCCUAAAAAAGCCAGGCUGGAGUGGUUUAUGGGGGGGGAGGUGGACUCUGCUCCCCUCUGGACACCUGCAGCGCUUGCUCCUUGUUCCCGAAAGGAGACGAUGAUGGAAUUCCACCCCCAAAUCUGGGAUGUCCUCACUUUGGAGAGCAGGAUGAGGCCGGAGGCGCUGGUGCCAGCCCAGAGAGGGGAGAUUUGGCCUCUGCCAUCAAUGGAAGCAGCUGGAUGAGCCAUUCCCAAGGGAUUUGGGGGAGCAGGGCCCACUCGGGGGGUCCCCCCGCAGCCCAGGAUGGGAUCCAGACCCUCGCGGGGUCCCGG